UUUUGGGGGCUACGACCUCUGUUCUGGUUUUGGUGGCUACGACCUCUGAAAAUUGGUUGGGUUCCAAUGUCGGCCGUGGGUGUGGGUGGGUUGGGUUCCAAUGUCGAGAGCAAUAGGCAGAGUGGGGUCGUGGGUACGAGAAUAGUAGAUAGAGAGAGGGUUGGGUCAGGGUCAGGGUCGUGGGUGGCCGGAGUGGAGUCGUGGUCGUGGACUGCGUUGUUGGGUCGUUGGGUCGUUGGGUCGUCGUCGUGGAGUAACGUUCGAAAGAUGUAAACGACAGAGAGAGAACGAGAGAGGGAAAGAGAGGGAAUAGCAAACGACAGAGAGAGAAAGAGAGAGUGAAAGAGGGAAAGACGGAAAGAGAGAGAGGGAAUAGGAAAAUUAAAUUUGAGGGGUAUUUUGGGUACAAAUGAGUAAUAGUGGAAUUAAUUUGUAUAGAUUAGUGGAGGGUAUAUAUUUUGAAAUGGGGUAUUUUAUUAGGGUCAAUUAAUGAAAUUUCCCUUUAAGAAUCAUAUAUAUACAUAGUUAUAAUUAGUCACUGAAUUAAAAAUAUGCUAUAUGUAUAUAUAUGUUUACGGAUCAUAUGUAUAUAUAAUUGAAAAAAUAUUAUUCGUCAUGUCAAUAUUGUCAUAUAAUUUAGUUUCUUAAUUGUUUUUUUUUACUUUGGUUUUUUUUUUUUUUUUGUAGAUCAAUGGCUCGUUUAAGUUUAGCAAGAAAGCAAAAAAAAAUUAUUGUAGUGCAGAAUUUAAUUGUAAUCUUAGAUAUUAUUUUAGCAGUGUGUGCUAUUGUGAGUGCUUAUGCAUUGAUAAAUUCUAAAAGACGUCUCAAUCGGUCAUUAUCUAUAAUGAGAGUCUACAAACAGUUAGAAAACUUACAUGAUUUAGUGUAUGCAAGUGAUGUCAAUUGUGUUUCACAAUUAAGAAUGGAUAGACAAACAUUUCAAAGGUUAUGUCACAUACUCAGUACUAGGGGAAAUUUAAGAAAGACACGAAAUGUCUCUAUCAAAGAGAUGGUAGCAAUGUUCCUAUAUAUUUUAGCACACCACCAUAAGAACCGAGUUGUUGGUUUUAGUUUCAAAAGAUCAGGAAAAACCAUAAGUAAAUACUUUCAUGAGUGUUUAAAAGCAAUGAUUCGCUGCCAAAAAGAAUUUUGGAGAACACCUGAGCCAAUAUUAGCGACCUCAAUUGAUCCAAGGUGGAAGUGGUUUAAGGUAUGAAUUGAGGAUUUAAAAUUAUAGUUAGUAAUUGUUAACUUUAAAUAAUUUUUAAUAAGUAUAAUUAAUUUGGUGUAGAAUUGUCUGGGAGCAUUAGAUGGAACAUAUAUAAGAGUGCAUGUACCUGAAGCUGACAAACCAAGGUAUAGAACAAGAAAAGGAGAGAUUGCAACUAACGUUUUAGGAGUUUGUUCACAAGACAUGCAAUUUAUAUAUGUUCUACUAGGCUGGGAAGGUUCAGCACACGAUGGGCGUGUAUUAAGAGAUGCUUUAGCUAGGAGAAAUGGUUUGAGAGUCCCUAAUGGUAAAGUUAAUUAUAAAAAACUUAUCAGUGUUUGAGAUUAGACUACCAAUAUAUAUAGUUUUCCAUUCAAUUAUAACAUCAUUUAUUUAUUAUGUUUGAUAGGUUAUUAUUAUUUAGUUGAUGUUGGAUAUACCAAUGGUCAAGGUUUUCUUGCACCUUUUAGAGGAACACGAUAUCAUCUUAAUGAUUGGAAUGAUGGACACCUUCCAAACACAGCAGAAGAGUUCUUUAAUAUGAAGCACUCAAGUGCUAGGAAUGUUAUUGAGCGUUGUUUUGGAUUGUUGAAAAUGCGAUGGGCUAUUCUCAGAAGUCCAUCUUUUUAUGACAUGAAUACACAACGGCGUAUAAUAUCUGUUUGUUGCAUGCUACAUAAUUUUAUUAGAAGAGAAAUGAGCAUAGAUCCAGUAGAAAAUGAGAUGAAUAGUGUACAAAGAAAUCACCCCACAACAGAUAAUAAUUAUAUUAAUAGUAUCGAGUCUUCAGAUUUAUGGACUACUUGGAGACAAAAUUUGGCAGAAGAAAUGUGGAAUACAUGGCAGGGAACUAGAUGAUUAAACUAUAUAUGUUGUUAACCUUUACUACUUUAGUAUUUUUUUUUUGGAGCAUUUUUCAAUUAUGAUUUGAUGUAAUAAGAACAGAUGUCUAUAUUUAUUUGAUAUAUAUGUUUAUUUUUGUUCAAAUUUUUUGUGUUUAAUUUUCAAAGUAUUAAUUUAUGUGUUCUUUCAAGUUUCAAAAUUUAUACUUUUUUAUUAAUAUUAAAAAAAAUUAUAUGAAUAUAUAGGAUGAGUUCAAGCUCUAAUGCAGAUCAAAGAGGGAGAGGUAAAAAUAAACAUUAUUGGACACCAACACAAGACAGUGUAUUGAUUGAAUGUCUUCUAGAGUUGAGUCAAAAUUCAACAUGGCGAGCUGAUUCUGGAUUUAAGAAUGGAUAUUUGCAACAAAUGGAGAUUAUGUUAGAGGAAAAAUUACCAGGCUCGAAGUUGAAGGCCUCACCUCAUAUUGAAUCUCGUAUUAAAAAUUUGAAGGGGAAGUAUUCUUGCUUGGCAGAAUUAUUAUCUUUAAGUGGUUUUAGUUGGGACAAUAAACAUUCUUUAUUAUUGUGUGAGAAAAGUGCAUUUGAUGAGUAUGUGAAGAAACGAAAAGAUGCAAGUGGAUUAUAUGGGAAACCAUUUCCUUAUUACAACAAGCUAGCAGAAAUAUAUGGACGAGAUCGAGCUACUGGGACAAAUGCUGGUAAUGCUGAUGAUGAAGAAGAAGAAAUACGCCAAAAUGAUGCAACUGGUGUAGAAUUUGGAGUUGAUGAUAAUAUAGAUGGCGGUGAGGAUGAUGAAGAAAUAGAUGAAUUUGAUGGUGUCUCACAUACUCAACAACCAACUAAUAUGCGUCGUAGAUCUACUGAGAGUACUACUAGUAACCAACAACGUGGUAAGAAUAAAAAAACUAAGGUUAUGGAUGAAAUUUCUACAAAUGUUGGUGCCUUAGCAGAUUCUAUAUCUAAUAUUGUCCCGAAAUUUCAAGGAUUAAUUGAUGCAAUAUCUGAUAAGGAUGUAGCUGAGAUGCAAACUAAUUUAUUCAUAGAAAUAAGCAAGAUUAAUGGCCUAACUCCAAUGCAGUGUAUUCAAGCAACCAACAUAUUGGCUAAAGAACCUCCAUUGAUGCGAGUGUUUUAUGCAAUAUCAGAUGAGAUGAAACUGCUAUAUAUCCUGAAUAGUGAAUACGUUGCAAAAUGAUGCAUAAUUUUAUAAUUGCUAGAUAUUUGGGAUUUUGUUUAUCUUUAUGUUUCACAUUAGAAUAUUUUCAUGUGGAGAUUUUAUUUAUGGUUUGGUCAAAUAUUGUUUAAUUGAAUAAUAUGAGGAUACUUUUUUUAGGAGUAUUAUGUUAAUUUUUUUAUGUAAUCAUUUAUGAAUUUAUUUAUUAUUAUAUAAAUUAAUUUAUUUAAUAAAUAAAAAAAAUAUAAAUUUAUAUUAAGGGUAAUAUGGUCAACUUAAAACAUUCCGAUUACCUUUCCUUAUUGAUGUAAACAAAAUAAAGUGAUUCCGAUUCCGUUUCCGGACAGUUUAGUAAACAACAUGUUAAAAUAAUUAUUUUGAUUUCAUAACAUUUUAUUCCCUUUCAUUUCUCCCAUUAAUUUAUUCCGAUAACGAUUACGCUUUAGUAAACGUGCCAUAAAAGUUAAAAAUUCAUAUAUAAUUACCACUUCUUAUCCAAACACACAUUAUAUUUUAAAAUAUAGUGUAAUUAUUUUUUUUAUAAAUACACGACCUAAUAAUUAUACAGUAACAUCCAAACACGCCUCUAAUAAAAUAGUUUCCAUUCAAAAAAGAAAUACAUAUAUAAAACUAUAAAUUAUACUUAUUUUAUAAUAGUAAUUUUUGUUAAUUGUAUUCAACGGCUAAAUACAUAAAUCUAAAUAAAAAAAAAUUGACAGUUGGCAAACUGUAAACGAUUAUAAUUACCCUAAUUUUUAUUAUGUCAAUCAAUCAUUGAUC